UGGCUCAGUGUUGCAACGGUGCGUGCCUCGAGCGCAAGUUCCUCCCAAGUGGGGGCCAUUUUUACCUUCUUCUUCUUCUUCUUCUUCUGUUUUUCCCACCCGUUUUGUUGUUGUUGUUCUUCUUCUUCUUCGUUCGGUACCGCCGCUUCGUUCGGGUGGGUGGAGGAUCGCCGGCAUGUUUUUGGAAUUUCUCUCACGCCGAUACUGGAAGCAGUUUGCCGCCAUCGCCGCCGUACACAUCAUCACCGCGAGCUACGGUGUGACGGUAGGAUGGCCUGCACCUAUUAUACCUCUACUUCGAUCGCCGGACACUCCACUACCGACUGGUCCUGUCACCGUGGAAGAAGCGUCCUGGAUUGGAGCAACACUUUGCAUCGGUGGCACCAUCGGAACGGUCCUGUUUGCUAUCAUUCACACGCGUUUUGGGAAGAAAGUGAGUCUUCUUCUGCUCCCAGUGCCACAUCUCGUCCUGUGGACGCUCCUCCUCGUGGGUGACAACGUGUGGUACAUCUACGGGGCGCGUUUCUGCAGUGGACUGACGGGAGGCGGUGUUGUCAGUGUGGUGCCACUCUUCAUCGCGGACAUCGCCGAUAAACGAAUCCGCGGCACGUUGGGAUCGCUGACGAUCAUCUUCAUCAAUGUUGGGCUGAUAUUUAUCUACUCGUGUGGGAACUACCUAGCGUACGAUACCAUCCCGAAGAUCAUGCUGGUUCCUCCGGUGGCGUAUCUAUUGCUGGUUAGCUUCCUACCCGAAACACCGUACUGUCUGUUGCGGAAAGGUCGCAUUCAAGAAGCAGAACAGUCGCUCAUGUUCUACCGCAACAUCUCGGAUGAGCGGCAUCGAACGGCUGAGUUUACGACCGAGUUUGAAGAGAUGAAAACCUUCAUCCAGACGGAAAGCACCCAACCGCCCCUGUGCUGGGCGGAUUUCACAACACCGGAAGCGAAGCGAGGUCUCUUCAUUGGCGUGUUCGUGAUGGCACUCAACCAGUUUAGUGGGAUUUUCGCCAUUCUGACGUACGCUGGGACGAUUUUCCAACUCUCCGGAACUGGUAUCGAUCCGAGCUUGGCCCUGACCAUCCUGGCCGUCAUCAACAUCUCCGGUAACUUCACUUCCUUCGCGAUCAUCGAUCGGGUUGGACGUAAGAUACUGCUGCUACUGUCGGCACUGGGUGUUGGUUUGGCGUUGGGCGUACUCGGAGCCUACUCCUAUUUGCUAACCAUCGGCUACAACCUGUACGGUCUCGAAUGGUUGCCCGUUUUGGCGCUUUCGAUGACACUUUUCCUCGCAGCCCUUGGCAUCACGAAUGUGCCCUUUUUCAUCGUCCCAGAAGUGAUGCCACCGAAGCUCCGAAGCAUUGGCAGCACGAUUAGUGCCACCCUACUGUGCAUGUUUGCGUUCGUGUGCGUCAAGCUCUACCCAAUCCUGAUGGAGACGAUCUACAUUCACGGGACGGUCUGGAUAUCGUCGGGCGUGUGCGCAGUCGGUGUGGUGAUCAUCAUUUUCUUCGUCCCGGAAACGAAAGGCAAAAACUUAAACGUACAAACUGUGGAGAAACAGUAAAACAGAGAAACUCGCGGGUGGCACUCUACUGAAGUACAAAUAAAUGCUAGUUAAAUGUUGCGAUCGGUGAAACACGCGCUGAACAUUCAAAUUCAAAAACCUAAGCUAAGUUCUGUAAUGUAACGCACGGAAGA